AUGAUGAGGCAAAAGAUAGACAUGAAAGAAGGAAAAGCACAUGCCCUUGAGCCAUGCUCAAGUGUUUGCAAUAUAUGUCAAGAAGUCCAAGUCGAGUACAAGAUAGAAACAUCUUUGAUAAAUUUCAAGAUAUCGCUCUACUACUUUUUGAGAAGAGCACUAACUAAUGCUAAAAAAUUUAAUAUACACUGCACCCCGGCAAUACCCCGCAGAAAUGCUGUCGAACCAACCAACAUGGAUGUGACCCAAACUAUUCCUGCUGAAAAUGAAGUUGUGGGCUCUACUAUGGCUCAAGGGCCAAGCUCUGCUGUGAUUAACUUGCCUAGUCGUGUUGUGAGUCAAACUGUGGCUCUAGCAACUGGCCAAACGAAAGAGAAGGAGAUAUUCAAGCAUUUAGCAGACAUACUAUAUAAUGUGUAUAGCACGAUGAAAACUGUUAAGGAGUUGUGGGAGUCUUUAGACCGAAAUUACAAAACUAAGGAUGUCGAGGCUAAAAAGUUUAUAGUCGACAGAUUCGUAGACUAUAAGAUGGUGGACUCCAAAACUGUUAUUAGUCAAUUGCAAGAAUUUCAAGUGAUUCUUCACGAAAUUCAUGCCAAGGAAUGUUUGUGGCAUGGUAGACUAGGAAAUGUUAACUAUGAUACUUUACGUAGACUAGUUAACUCGAAUAACAUACCCAAAUUCCAUAAUGAUUUCGAAUAUAAGUGUGAAACUUGUGUUAAGACAAAAUUGACAAGGUCAUCCUUUAAGUCAGUUGAAUGGAGCACAGAACCAAUUGAUUUAAUUCACAAAAGCGAACCUCAAUGGAAAGAUGCCAUUAAAGGUGAAAUAGAUUCCAUACUGCAAAAUCAUACAUGGGAGCUAGUGGAUAUUCCUCCUGAAUUGACGAGAAUAACAUCUAUUAGGGUGAUACUUGCGAUUGUUGCUUUGCGAAAUCUAGAAGUACAUCAAAUGAAUGUUAAAACGACUUUUCUAAAUAGAGAUUUAGAAGAAGAAAUUUACAUGGAACAACCCGAGGGAAAUUUAGAUGGAACAAUCCGAGGGGUUUUCGUUACCAGGACAGGAAAAGAAAACAUAGCCUACACAGUCAGUAAAUUGAGUAGAUAUACGAGUAAUUCAGGAAAUGAUCACUGGAAAGACUCAAAGUCCACCGGUGGAUAUGUGUUCACUUUGGAAGGUGCUGUCAUCUCAUGGAAAUCCUCUAAGCAAACGCCAUGCCUUCACAUUUUCUCAAUUCAUGUCAAUCUGACAAAGAAACACCCUUUCUCCAUUUUCCUACGCUACCGACCACGCUUUUUCAACAAAUCUGCCAUUCCAAAAGAAAAGGCUCUUAAAGAAAGCAUCAAAAUUGUCAAAAGCUUGAAGGGGAAGAAUUUUUUUCGAGGCUCGUCUGUUUGCAUAAACGAGCAUAGUAUUAGUUUUGUUCAAAAUAGCUUCGAGAUGAUGAUGAAUUCUAGCUUCUGA